UCCCGCGGACCCGGUGGCAGAUCGGGCGUGGACCCGGGAUGGCUGGGCCGGGGGGCUCGGGAGGCCCGAUUGGGGCCGGGGCCCUGGCAGGCAGCGCAAGGUCCAAGGUAGCCCCGAGUGUGGACUUUGACCACAGCUGCUCGGACAGUGUUGAGUACCUGACACUCAACUUCGGGCCCUUCGAGACAGUGCAUCGUUGGCGGCGACUCCCGCCCUGCGACGAGUUCGUGGGGGCCCGGCGCAGCAAGCACACAGUGGUGGCCUAUAAAGACGCCAUCUAUGUAUUUGGUGGAGACAAUGGGAAAACCAUGCUCAAUGACCUCCUGCGAUUUGAUGUGAAGGACUGCUCCUGGUGCAGGGCCUUCACCACCGGCACCCCGCCGGCCCCCCGCUACCACCACUCAGCUGUUGUCUACGGAAGCAGCAUGUUCGUCUUCGGGGGCUACACUGGGGACAUUUACUCCAAUUCUAACUUGAAGAAUAAAAAUGACCUUUUUGAAUAUAAGUUUGCAACUGGCCAGUGGACGGAGUGGAAGAUUGAAGGACGGUUGCCGGUCGCCAGGUCUGCCCACGGCGCCACAGUGUACAGUGACAAGCUGUGGAUCUUCGCUGGCUACGACGGCAAUGCCAGGUUGAAUGACAUGUGGACCAUUGGCCUCCAGGACCGAGAGCUCACAUGCUGGGAGGAGGUGGCUCAGAGCGGCGAGAUCCCGCCGUCCUGCUGCAACUUCCCAGUGGCCGUGUGCCGGGACAAGAUGUUCGUGUUCUCAGGGCAGAGUGGAGCCAAGAUAACCAACAACCUCUUUCAGUUCGAAUUCAAAGACAAGACGUGGACGCGCAUCCCCACCGAGCAUUUGCUUCGUGGCUCCCCACCCCCCCCACAGCGGCGCUAUGGGCACACCAUGGUGGCCUUCGACCGCCACCUCUAUGUGUUUGGGGGCGCAGCGGACAACACACUGCCUAAUGAGCUGCACUGCUACGAUGUGGACUUCCAGACUUGGGAGGUCGUCCAGCCCAGCUCCGACAGCGAGGUCGGCGGGGCUGAGGUGCCAGAGCGAGCAUCAUCUUCUGAGGAGGCGCCUGGCCUGGCCUCUGAGGACCGAGGUGGCUUCAAGAAGUCCCGUGAUGUAUUUGGCCUGGACUUUGGCACCACCACAGCCAAGCAGCCUGCCCCGCCAGCAUCUGAGCUGCCAAGCGGAAGGCUCUUCCACGCAGCCGCGGUGAUCUCAGACGCCAUGUACAUCUUUGGGGGCACAGUGGACAACAACAUCCGCAGUGGGGAGAUGUACCGGUUCCAGUUCUCCUGUUACCCCAAGUGCACGCUGCAUGAGGACUACGGGCGUCUGUGGGAGAGCCGCCAGUUCUGCGAUGUGGAGUUUGUGCUGGGCGAGAAAGAGGAGUGCGUGCAGGGCCAUGUGGCCAUCGUCACUGCUCGGAGCCGCUGGCUCCGCAGGAAGAUCGUGCAGGCACGGGAACGGCUGGCCCAGAAACUGGAGGAGGAGGCAGCCCCGGCUCCCAGGGAGGUCCCUGGUGGGGCAGCGGGGGGAGCCCGGCCACCCCUGUUGCACGUGGCCAUCCGUGAGGCUGAGGCCCGGCCCUUCGAAGUGCUCAUGCAGUUCCUCUACACGGACAAGAUCAAGUACCCGCGGAAAGGCCACGUAGAGGACGUGCUGCUCGUCAUGGACGUGUACAAGCUGGCCCUGAGCUUCCAGCUCUGCCGCCUGGAGCAGCUGUGCCGACAGUACAUCGAAGCCUCCGUGGACCUGCAGAAUGUGCUGGUUGUGUGCGAGAGCGCCGCCAGGCUGCAGCUGGGCCAGUUAAAGGAGCACUGCUUGAACUUCGUGGUGAAGGAGUCCCACUUCAACCAGGUGAUCAUGAUGAAGGAGUUCGAGCGCCUCUCUUCGCCACUGAUCGUGGAGAUCGUGCGGCGGAAGCAGCAGCCACCUCCCCGCACCCCCUCGGAGCAGCCCAUGGACAUCGGCACAUCUCUGAUCCAGGACAUGAAGGCAUACCUGGAGGGAGCAGGUGCGGAGUUCUGUGACAUCACUCUGCUACUGGACGGGCACCCGAGACCGGCCCACAAGGCCAUCCUGGCCGCCCGCUCCAGCUACUUUGAGGCCAUGUUCCGGUCCUUCAUGCCAGAGGACGGCCAGGUGAACAUCUCCAUCGGGGAGAUGGUGCCCAGCAGGCAGGCCUUCGAGUCCAUGCUGCGCUACAUCUACUACGGGGAGGUCAACAUGCCGCCCGAGGACUCUCUCUACCUGUUUGCGGCCCCCUACUAUUACGGCUUCUACAACAACCGGCUGCAGGCGUACUGCAAGCAGAACCUGGAGAUGAACGUGACUGUGCAGAAUGUACUGCAGAUCCUGGAGGCGGCCGACAAGACGCAGGCGCUGGACAUGAAGCGGCACUGCCUGCACAUCAUCGUGCACCAGUUCACCAAGGUCUCCAAGCUACCCACGCUGCGCUCGCUGAGCCAGCAGCUGCUCCUUGACAUCAUAGACUCCCUGGCCUCCCACAUCUCUGACAAGCAGUGCGCGGAGCUGGGCGCUGACAUAUGAGGGCCCACGUGGUGCUGGCCCACUCAGGAAUCACCGUGCUUGCUCCUGCCCUGCCCACUGCAGACUACUGGACCUGUCAGCCAAGGGGCCGGCUUCCCCGAGCCUUCAAAGGGAAAGGGAACACGGGGUCUCUGCCCCGUUUCACUGCUGAGGACACAGGUCCCACAGGGAGUGGAUGUUGAAACAGAUACCCUCCCCCCAACCCUGGCCAGAA